AACACCCACAACCACCCGUAGUAGCAGCAGUAGCAACACCCACAACCACCCGUAGUAGUAGUAGUAGUAGUAGUAGCAGCAGCAGCAGCAACACCCACAACCACCCGUAGUAGUAGCAGCAACACCCACAACCACCUGUAGUAGCAACAGGACCCACAACCACCUGUAGUAGCAACAGCAACCACAACCACCACAACUAUAACCACAACAACCACUUGCAGCAGCAGCACCUCCUACCACCACCCGUAGUAGCAGCACUAGCACCAGCAGCAGCAGCACCACCACCAGCAGCAGCAGCACCACCAGCAGCAGCACCACCACCAGCACCACCACCACCACCACCACCACCACCACCACUACCACCACCACCACUACUGGUAGCGGUGACGAGUGUGGAGACAGUUGCACAUGAGAGGGGAGUGGAGGUGUAUUGACAAAGUGGCGUUGGUGGCAGGCAGGCAGGCAGCCUGGCUGCUGUGCUCCUACUCUGCCCACUUUCCACCACUCCUGUGUGAGCGUGCAUUCUUCAGCUGCUGCUGUGUGGGCGUGCAUUCUUCAGCUGCUGUUGUGUGGGCGUGCCUUCUUCAGCUGCUGCUGUGUGGGCGUGCCUUCUUCAGCUGCUGCUGUGUGGGCGUGCCUUCUUCAGCUGCUGCUGUGUGGGCGUGCCUUCUUCAGCUGCUGCUGUGUGGGCGUGCCUUCUUCAGCUGCUGUUGUAUGGGCGUGCCGCCUUCAGCUGCUGUUGUAUGGGCGUGCCGCCUUCAGCUGCUGCUGUGUGGGCGUGCCGCCUUCAGCUGCUGCUGUGUGGGCGUGCCGCCUUCAGCUGCUGCUGUGUGGGCGUGCCGCCUUCAGCUGCUGCUGUGUGGGCGUGCCGCCUUCAGCUGCUGUUGUGUGGGGGUGCCGUCAGCAGCUGUUGUGUGGGGGUGCCGUCAGCUGCUGUGUGGGGGUGCCGUCAGCUACCUGAGGCCCAGGCUAGUGGAAGGCAGCAAGACUGUAAUGACCAAUAUGUGUAAGAUGUGAUACAAAGAAAUGUUGCAAGGAAGAGUGAAGUGUACACAGAGCAACAGGUGGCACUUAGGUGUUGAUGCUACUGCUGGUAGAAGCAUCUGUUUAUUAAAUUUCAAUUGGUACUGGAACUAGUAGUAAAUGAAUAUUUGUCAGUGGAACUGAGAUAGUGAACCAAGACACUCGUGAUUUUAAACGUGGAGCAGAGGUGGAGAGAGAAGACCAGGC